GCUACAGCCUGACAUUGUAACCUACAGUUCUGGCAUCAGUGCUUGUGAGAAAGCUGCUCGUUGGACAGAAGCCCUAAGCGUGCUCGAGAUGGCCGAUGUCAUUGCCUUCAAUGCCGCAAUCAGUGCAUUGGAGAAAGCCGGCAGGUGGGAGGCAGUCUUCUCCGUAUUCAAUACUAUGAGCAUGAUCGAGAUUCAGCCUGACCUCAUCUCCAUGAAUGCUGCUAGGCAGCCACAUCAGAAGAGCAGGGCCUUGUUGGGCUCUGGUGUGGUGCCCUACAGCGCAGCUGUGAGUGCUUGCGGUUGGGCUUCCAAAUGGCAAGAAGCGAUGUCGUUGCUGGAGGAAUUGGUGUGUCUUUGGAAGCCUGACGUCAUUGCAUUCUGCGCUGCGAUCAGUGCCUGUGAACGCGCUGCGCAAUGGACGAAAGUUCUUGAGCUGCUGAAAGACAUGCGCCUCAG